AACAUGAGGAUUGCAGUGGUACUCUGUCUCGCAGCAUUUGUGGCGGCAGCCUAUACUAGAAAUGUACGUACUAAAAGAAGUAUUGAUCUUCUAGAAGCAGCUUCAGGGCACUUUGAAAAGGGUGGUGGCGGAGAGCAUUACGGAGAAUAUAAUGGAGAUCACGACGAGCAUGGUGAAAAGGGCUACAAAGAAUACCAAGGCCACGAUUUUGGGAAGAAGGGCCACUCCAACCACGAAGGUCUGAAAGGAUAUUUUGACGAAAGUGGCGGUCAUAAGAAAAACCACCACAACGAAGAAGGCUAUUUUAAUGGCUACGAGCAUGGCGAUAAAGGUGAAAAGGGACAUAGUUUCGAAGAGAAGGGACAUUUCCACAAAGGUCAUUCUAUAAAAGGGCAUCAUGGAAUACACAAACUAGAUGAAUUUAAAAAGAAUAAACAUUUCCACGACAAGCACGGUGAUUCAGGUUUUGAUGAAAGUUACGGAGGUCAUCACGAUGAAGGAGGUUACAAAGAAGGUGGUGAAUUCCAUAAAGGACACGAUGUAGGGGAUUUCUAUGAACACGAAAAAGGCGAUAAAGGUCAUUUUGAGAAGGGUGGUUUUCAUCAUGAUAAUAAGGGUCACCAUGAUGAAGGAGCCAAUGAUGAAUAUUGGGGUCACAAGGAGGGUCAUGGUAGUAAAGGAGGUUCCGACGAACAUAAAGGUUGGGGUUGGGAAAAAGGACACAAGUGAAAUUGAAAAUACACUCAAUCAUAAUCACUUAUGUAUCUUAAUGAUUUUUGUUACUGUUGAAUAUUUUGUGAUACGCAA